UCUCCAGUUCGCCUUCUGCCCGUCUGCCGGCCACAAGUGCCAGCGUUCGUUUCGCUCGUUCAUCACACGGCCGCCGCCCGACGACGACGUCGCUACUCGCUCGUUCGCUCCGUGACCACCGACGCCGUCGCCGCCCCGCCCCGCGCCCAUUGCGAGAGCGCGCGCGUGUGUAAUUGAUUCCAUAAUCUGUCCCAGUCUAAUUUCGCGCGCCCGUCCGUGUGCGUCGCAGUGUCCGUCCGUCUUGGUGUUUGCGGUGCGUUGUUCUCGCGUCCCAGCGACCGACCGCCAAAAAUCGCACGCGACUAUUUAUCGAUAUUACUAAUUUUUUUUUUCUAUCAUACGUUUGAACGGCGCGUUUGUGCGAAUAAUUAAUUUUCGCGACCGUCCACAGAAAACAUUAAUUUUUACCGACUAUUGACGAGUGUUCGUUUUUUUUUUUUUUAUUUUUUUUUUUUAUAAUAUAAAAAAAAUCAAUUAUCGGUUACCCGGUUCGUGCCGAGAUCGUUGACGAUAUUAAUGGUGCACGUCAUCUGUUUCGGUCAUAUUUUUGGAUUACUGUUCUUCCGCUCCGGAUUCACCGAAUGAUAUGCUAUUGGUGAAUCACGACAAAUGCUUGUGGACAUGAGACCCGUUGAGUCCAGCGAGAACAUUACGAUUAUGGACGAGAUCGACGAGCUGUUGGGCACCCGGAGAAGUUAUGGCUGGAACUCGGGUUCGCGGCCAUCGAUGAUUAGCGCCAAGUACCGGCUUAAAGAGGAGCGGCGCAAGGUGCUCAAGAUAUCUGUAAACAAGAUGAAGAAGAUCGACGACGCCGAGAGCUCGUUGUGCCGGUCUGUGUUGAUCAACAACACGGUGAAGAGGCUGCAGGCCGAGACCAGGGACGAUCGGACCACGGGACGGACGUCACCCGCCUCGCCGCCUUCACCGACGUCCGCCGGUUACGGUUACCAUGGUCCUCAGCAGACGCAACCCUGCGGUGGUCCGGGAGGUAAUCCACAACUCGUGGACAUCACCAACCUCAGGGAAUCGUCCUGCACCAAUGGUACCGGGAGCGUAGGAGUUGGCGGUAACCCGGUCGCGGGUGGCAAGACCCUGACCAAUAACAACAACAACAACAACAACAACAACAAUAAUAUUAGUAGUAACAACAAUAACAACAACAAUAAACCGCUGACGGAAGCGCAGUCGUUGUUGUUGGCGGCGGCCGACCACCACCACCACCACCACCUACUACACCACCAUCAUUUACAACACCACCACCACAACAACAAUCAUCAUCACCACCACCACCAACUACAACAACAGCAAAACCACCACCACCACCUUCACCAUCACCACCAUCACCAACAGCAGCAGCAGUCGUCUUCGGCAGCCACGCCCGGUGGACCGUUGCCGUACGGGUACGACGACGACGUGGAAGACGAAGAAGUCGAUGACGAAGAAGUCGACGACGAUGAAGUCGACGACGACACGAUCGCGUCUAUAAUGAUGCAAUUACCGUCGUCGUCACCCCGUAGUAAGCGGAAGCGGUGCGUGGACGAACCACUGGAUGACCUGUUGUCGCAGUUCAUCAACAACAACCAACGCGAGGACGAGGACGUGAACGUGGUGGACUUGGACCUGCACGAGUAUCCGGCCGCCAAGAGACUGAGGACGGACGAGGCAGCCGCCGCUGCAGCCGCAGCGGCCGUCGCGGCCGUUGUUGCGGGCACUACCCCGUCAGCGGACGCGGCCUCCUCGGCCACCGACCUAUGUUCACCCGACUGUUGGUCGUUGAUGGACACGUGUUGCGACGACUCUCUCGACCUGUACGGUGGCCAGGUGCCGGCCGCGGUCGAACACCAGGACGUGUUGCUGCAGCCCACCACCACGUCGGUAGACUGCUGUUCGUCGCUGUCACUACCGCCGCCGCCGCCGACCCCGUCGCUCGACGAACAGCAUCAGCAUUACGGCGUGGCCACGUCAUCGUCGUCAUCAGCCACUGGGUCAACGUCGCCAACGAAUUUGUCGUGCGGACAGGCGUCCAUGUUCAGCGAGAUGCAAUCGGCCAUGUUUCGCAACCUGAUCGCUUCGCUCGAGUCUUAACCGCCAUUGGUGUCGUUCCCCGACCACCGAAAAGGCGGUCGACAAACCUAACAAAAACGUAUAAUUUUGUUUUCACUUAAACGACUGUCUCCUAAAGUAUAUUUUUAUUUCAUUUAACCGAAUACACACCUGUUUUAACAACGGCGUGUGUGUUGUGUACGUCUUAUCCUUUUAUCACGUUUUUGUACACAUAAUCACGUCCGAUAUGAUUGUGUUAUUAUUUUAUGUGCAGUCCGGGAGACUUAUACAAAAAAUGACCAUUUUUUUUUUUUUUUAUUAUUAUUUUAUGUGCAAUAAACGACCAAUUCGCGCAAAUGUUUUUUUCGUUUUUCUCUCUGUAUCUAUUUUUUUUUUUAUUAUUAUUAUUAUUACUUUAUAUUACUAUUAUAAAUAUAUAUGAAAUGUAUCUUUUUUUUUGUUUUUAAAACGUUUUUCAACGUUCUUACGAAUAAGUUUACAUUUGAUUAUGUUAUUCAUUUUACGCAUAAUCACGUGUAUCGCGAAAGUGACGUGUACAUAGAUAAUGAUAAUAUAAUUAUGAAUGUAUUUUUGUUUUUCGUAACUGUAGAUAAUCAAACAAGGGCUGUGUUAAAUUCAUCCAAUCGGUCUCUUUUUUUUUUUAAUCGAACGAAAAGAGUAUAAAAUAAAAUUAUAUAAUAAUAUGUAUGUAUAAAAUUAAAAUAUGAUAUUAUGAGAAUGUUUAACUAUAUUAUAUGAUAUUAAACAACAUAGACAAUAUAUUAUUAAAGUAGACAAUUUUAUAGAAAACCGAUUGGGGUAUAGGCUAAUCGGUAGUGAUAGUACAAAAAAAAAAAAAAGAAAAAAAAUGAUAAAUUCUAACAGAUUGUUUUUAUUUUGUGUUUUCGUUAUUUUUCUUGUAGAAUCAGGAGCACAAGGGAGGGGGAAUGCUUUACGCGAGUUCUCAUAUUCGGCGGCCGUAUAGACAUUGUUUUCCUAUAUUAAAUACGUAUAAUAUAUAAAUAUUAUAUGGUUUAAUUAUAUUAAUAUUAUAUAAUAUGAUAAAAGAAAGUUUUUUAACAUUUUUUUUAGUGUUUCGCUGCUACUAGACAAAAAAUUUUUAGUGCGAUUAUUACGUUUAAGCUAUGUAAGGAACAGUCUUCCUGACUUUUUCCAAACUUAAUUUUUUUUUACUGUGUGAUAAUAAUAUAUUUAUUUUAGCGACUUUAGCAUAAAAUUUUGUAUAAAACGAGAUGUAAUAGAAACGCGAUGAAAAUAAAUAAACAAAUAAAAUAUGAACACUGUCCGGGCGGCUAAUUAUUGAUGUUAUAUUAUGUUAGUUAAUUUUUUUUUGUUUCGUUAAAAAGAAAAUAAUACAAAACCGCCAUCAUAACCUAACCUACUAUACACAUUACGCGUGCAGGAGAAAGUGCAGCGGUCUUUCGCGCAUUUCGUUUUAUCGUUUCAUUAUGUGUUGUUAAUAAUCGUUCGUUUUGUACAAUUCGCAAAACCGAAACAGGCGCCCCCCCCUCCAAAAAUAAAAUAAAUUAAUAAAAAAUACUCGUCUGGGCUCCGUUACUUAAGUCUUCCUUUAUUUAUUUUUAUUAUUAUUAUUAUUUUUUUUUAAAACGUGAGAUUAU